AUCACUGACAACAGAGACAACUUUCAGAUUUCAAGAUUUUCUAAAUAUCCUUAAACACCAAGAAAAUUUCAUUUAUUUAUGAAUUUGUAAUGUUGCAAGAAAUACUAUUGUGAGUGAAACAAUUAUAUUUAAGGAUGUUAUCUUAUGCGCCUUGGCUCAAGCACAAAUAGCAUAAAUAUUGAAUUUUUUGAGUACGAGGGUUGAUAUUUGUCUAUUAAAUUAUGGCUCCACUUCCGUUAGAAGGUUUACAGACACCUGUUGCGAACAGCAUGACUCAAGGAGGUCUGAAUGGACCUCAGGAAGGUAAUCGUGGGGGCAUGAUAUCCUUGGCAAUGCUUAUAGAUUUCAUUGUACAGCGGACCUACAAUGAACUGACAAUUUUGGCGGAGCUAUUGCCAAGAAAAACAGAUAUGGAAAGAAAAAUUGAAAUUUACAACUUUUCUACAAGAACUAGACAAUUAUUUGUAAGAUUAUUAGCACUGGUAAAGUGGGCCAGCAGUGCUUCAAAAGUUGAGAAAUCCGCUCAUAUAAUGGCCUUUCUGGAAAAACAAUCAUCCCUGUUUGUGGAGACUGCAGAUAUGCUAGCUCGAAUGGCAAGAGAAACUUUAGUACAGGCACGUUUGCCCAACUUUCAUAUCCCAGCAGCUGUUGAAGUCCUCACUACAGGAACAUAUGGAAGGCUUCCUGCAUGCAUAAGGGAAAAAAUUGUUCCUCCUGAUCCAAUUUCUACUGUAGAAAAGCGUACCACUCUCCAGAGGCUCAAUCAAGUUAUCCAGCAUAGACUUGUAACAGGGAAUUUACUGCCGCAAAUGAAAAAUUUGAAGAUUGAAAAUGGUCGUGUGACAUUUCAUGUUCAGAACGAAUUUGAAGUUUCACUCACUGUAAUGGGUGAUAGUCCCAAUAUUCCAUGGAGGUUGUUAGAGAUUGACAUUUUGGUAGCUGAUAAAGAAACAGGUGAUGGAAAAGCGCUUGUACACUCUCUCCAAGUGCAAUACAUUCAUCAGUUGAUCCAGGCUCGAUUGGCUGACAAUACACAGCCUUUAACAGAAGUAUAUAAUUGUUUACACUUUUUCUGUCAAUCCUUACAAUUAGAAGUUUUAUAUUCACAAACACUUCGUCUAAUGCGAGAUAGAUUAGACGAUAAUAUACAUGUUGAUGAAUAUGGUCCAGGGCGAUGUUUAACUGUAUCUUAUUGGCGGGAACUAACAACGAGAGGUAAAGAACAGGUGAAUAAAGAUUUGAGGUCUGAGUUGGGAUAUCGAUUAUCUGUUCAAGUGGAUAGUCAUGAUCCAGCUCGUCCAUUGACUGUAGUUCAUGUGCCCUCACUUGGAAACAAGGAAUGUGAAAUAACUGACAGGGCAAUCCGGACAGAAAUUUUAUCUAUGGAAAGGUUACUUGUACAUACAAUUUAUGUAAGAACCAAGAGCCGUUUGAAUGAUAUAAAGCUAGAACUUCAAGGGAUGCUCAAAGACGUUGAGUGUUGUUUACAAGGAUCUCCGGCAAUUCUUUCUGUUGCUAUUCUUCAGCCUUGCCUUAGAGCAGAGCAAUUGUUAAUUACCGUCGAUACUCAUACAGGAAUUUUACAAUGCCAUGUACCACAAUAUGAUGCCCCUAUUAUCAAUGACUUAAACAAUGCACUAAAUGGGGACCAUUCAAAACUGCCACUUCUCAUAUCUGAACUGAGAUACUGGAUCACUCAGAGGCGUUGUGAAAAAACACUUCAACAUUUACCAGCUACUGCUCAUGAAAAACUGCCACUCCUACACCAACCUGACCAUCCAAUAACGAAAAUAAGCAGACAUAGGAUGUACAUACAGUUUCAUAAACAUACAAACGUCGUGUUGAUUGUGGAGCUUAAAGAAAGGGAAAAUAGUCCUUGCGAGAUGGACUUCUCCUUCUAUAUGAUCCUCGUAAAACAUUCAAGUGUUGAUGACAAUCCCAAUGAUGAAAGUAUUGAAUCAGAAGUUCCUAAAAUGUAUUUGAAAGUACAAACAUUAAUUGAAUUCGACACGUUCGUUGUAACACAUGGACCUUUCACGAACGUGGACGAUACAGAUCAACCAGAACCUGGUACGUUGAAGAGGAAAAUUGGUAACAAUAAAUCAGAGCCGUCUGCGAGGAGAGCCAAACAACCGGCCUAUUUCAUUGCUGAAUUGGCCCAUGUGGUCGCCAUGUGCGAUGAAAGACUACCUUUUGUGGCUUUAGCUAGUGAAUUAACCAAAAAAAAUAUCUUCCAUCAAGGAGUUCAAGUGGAAGCGAAUGCUACGGGAUUGGUGUUGAAACUUAUACAAUUACCACCACCAACAUCUGAAAUUGGACAAUCUCAAGCGUGGCGAGCGUUGUUGAAACAUCUUUUGUCCGUCUCCAUCAGAGUGCUCAGUAAGGGUGUCAUAAAGAGUUGGGUGGUCGAAUUCGUGUUUCAUCUUACACCACUAGUUAGUACACACCCUAAAGAACAAGGUUCCAGGAGACCGGUAUAUUUCCAAUACGAAAUGUCUUCCACCAAUGCAUCCGCAAGUGUUGAGUCCUUACUGAACGAUUGGGCGCAAAUUGUACAUUUGUACACAUUAGUUUAUGAUCUCAGCGAAUAUUUGAAAGUGGAUAAAUACAGCUUCUUCAAUAAUUUAUUCAGUGUAAAAUCGUACAAUUACAAUAAACUAGUGUUAUGUUACGGACCAGAUAAGGGAGCAAUGGUUUCGAUAAAUUGGAACAAUAAUCAUAAGUUGUUCAAACUGGCGUUCGGUGCCAUGAACAACGCGCUUAACGCCCAUUCGCUCAUCAAAGAACACUUGGAGGCCUAUUUAAACGAACAACGAAAUUUGGCGCAGGUUGUUCAGCUUCUUCACGAAACAUACGAGCCUCUGAUAUCCAUCAGCAAACUGCCAUCACUGCCACAAUUGGGCAUUCACAAUAAUAGACCUCAAGUGCCCGUCCAAACUUUCAAUAUUAUUCCCCAAUCAUGUACACUCAUAAGAAUAUCAUAUCAGGGAAUGUACUGCUUGGAGUUGAGAAUUAGGGGUUCCGGUUUAAUUUCAUUAAGAGAUGGCGCUUACAGCCGUUUCGAUAGGUCCAAUGUGGUGGACGUAUUUUCACCGACGCCUGGUCUCAAAGCGUUCCUAUCUAAAUAUGUUGACGAGAGCGCGGUGUUUCGCAGGAGAUCUCAGUCCGAAGAUGAUAACCCGCCAUCGCCCAUAUCAAUGGAGGUAGAAGGCGGUGGUUUCCUUGGAGGUCAUCAUCGAGGUCCACAAUCUCCGGCGGGAACAAGGGAGCCAGGGCUUCGUUUCCACCCACCACUCACUCCACCGUCAGGUUCCAACCCGCACACCCCAGCAAGUCCGCUGACCAGUAUGAACCAGCCGAAUACACACACCAGUUUUGGCAAUAGUCCAGCGACCUCCUUCAGUUUGGCGUCCCCAACUAAUAUAAACCCAAGUCCGAUGCCUCACCCUAGUCCGGGCUCUGGAUUUGUUGCCAAUUCUCCCCAGCUGGCUAGUCCUGGCGGACUCCUGUCUAAUUCUUCACCGGGACCAGUUUCGACGAAUUUGCCAGGACAUUCUCCGGUCAGCAGCUUCAUGCAAACAGGUCAUACAGAUGGAAGUCCCUUCCCUGCUGCCCAGAGCAUGACUUCUCCUGCAGCUUCUACAUGGCCGGGAUCGCCCAGUAUGCCACGUCCCUCGCCGGCUAGGCCUGGGCAGUCCCCAGUGGGUCAUCCUGUGAUGCAUAGUCCACAGUCCGAGCUCAGGACCGGCAGUCACUUGUCGAGAGUCCUGCCUCAGCGGUCCUGGGCAGGGGCCGUGCCUACACUGUUAACUCAUGAAGCUUUGGAGAAUUUAUGCUGUCCAACGACUCAUCCUCAGGGGUAUCCAGGACCAGAACUGUCGCCGCUAGAGAGAUUUCUGGGUUGUGUAUAUAUGAGAAGGCAGUUACAAAGGUCCAUUCAGAACGAAAACUAUCUUCACCUUAUACCAUCCACAGAAGUUGGAGUCAUCCAUUUCAGGGUAUCCGAGACCUUCCAAUGUAGGAUUGGCUUGAAUCCUCAGCAUCUACAGAGCUUGCAUAUCAAAAUAACACCUCUACCGGAACAUAAGGAUAUAUGGACGGCUGAAGAGAUUCAGACGUUGGAGAAAUUCUUUGACGCGCACGCCGCAGUCCCUCCCUAUAAACCGAAUUCGGUAUUCACUUUCUGUUUGAUGUUAAAUGUUCCAGUCAAUGUACUUAAGGACUUCAUUCAGAUCAUGAAAUUGGAGUUUAUGCCGAUUCCUCUGCAAGGAAUCAAGUGGUCCGUACAAUGGAUACUUAGAAUACCUCCAUCUGCUACUCCGCUAGUUCCUACUGGUCAUUCUAGUGUUAUAGUUUAUAAAAAUAAACUUCUAUUUUUCUUGCAAAUCACUAGGAUAGGAAUACAGUAUCCGAACAACAUGGAACCGCCAUCCCUGGUUCUCCCUUUCAUUUAUGAUAUCAACUCCAAUAUUACGCAAUUAGCGGACAAAAACGCCGCUAAUGUUCCUGGUGUCGUGGUGGCCAGCCAACUUUUGAAACAAUUCAUGCAAUUCCAAACCAACAUGACUGAAUGUUCGAUUUUCCCAGCAGUAAGGGAAUUGCUGUUCAAUUUAGUUUUACCCACAGAUCCCCAACAGCCUAAUACAGUGGUACCACAACAGAUGCAAUCGCCAGCAAUGCAGAUGGGACAAGUUGGCCAACCUGGUUAUCCUGUCAAUAUGCCUAUGGGAAUGAUGGGUUAGAUUAGUCUCAUUGUAUAGAUUAUAAUUUGGCAGACAAAAAUAAUUUUAGAUUAUAUACGUAUAAAUUGUAAUAUUUAAAGAAAUACAUUUAUUUCUCAAAGUU